CCGUGACCCCACGCCGGUGGGUGAUGUAGACAGCUCCUCCAGCAAAGUAAACACACAGUAGCUCCAAGAUGGCUUCUCAGUCCGCGCUCCGAGUGGCGCUGCUGGUGUCCUUCUCGGUUCUCCUUACAGUGGUGCUGGGCUUCGGGCUCCCCGCUUUCCUCAACGCCAUCAUGAGGAUGCUGGGACUGCCGGAAACUAGCGUGACCCAGUGCAUCGUCGUGAUCUAUGCGGCUUUUGUGCUAUACGUCGCGACGCCUCGAAUCCCCAGAGGAUUAUUGGAGGUUAAAGGGAAAGCUGUGUUUAUUACAGGGUGUGACUCUGGAUUUGGUCUUUCAGUCGCGAAACAUCUGCACACGCUCGGUUUCACAGUCUUUGCUGGGUGCCUGCUAAAGGACAAAGAUGGAGAGGGUUCAAAGGAGCUUGAGGAAUUACAUUCAGAUCGUAUGAAGGUGGUCCAGUUGGACGUCUGCAGUGACGAACAGGUGAAAAAGGCAGCUGAAUACAUCAAAGGCAACCUAGAGGACUCACAAAGAGGCCUGUGGGCUGUGGUGAACAACGCUGGGGUGUCGACCUUCGGAGAGGUGGAGUUCACCUCCAUGGACACCUACAAGCAGGUGUCGGAUGUCAACCUGUGGGGCACCAUCAGGGUCACCAAAGCUCUUCUGCCGUUAAUUCGCAGGGCAAAAGGCCGGGUUGUGAACAUUGCCAGCAUGUACGGCAGGAUGGGCAACCGGCUGCGAUCUCCUUACUGCGUGUCGAAAUACGGCGUGGAGGCUUUCUCCGACUGUCUGCGCUACGAGAUGAAGACCUGGGGCGUAAAAGUGUCCAUCAUCGAACCGGGGAACUACAUCGUGGCCACAGGCAUCCUCACCCGAGACAUUGUGGCCACCACUGCCAACAAGCUGUGGAACGAGGCCCCCGCCGAGGUUAAGGAGGACUACGGUAAAACCCACUUUGAGCAGUACAUGUCACUGAUGCGCUCUUACUGCAACAGCGGCGAGAAGGACAUGACCCCGGUUCUGGAUGACAUCACAGAUGCAAUCAGAUCAAAACAUCCGUACACGCGGUACAGCCCCAUGGAGCCGCACUGGUGGAUCAGGAUGCAGGUGAUGACCCACCUGCCUGGCGCCAUCUCCGACUUGCUCUACUUUUAAAAGUGAAGCGUUUGCUUUCUCCUACUUCACAAUAAAUCAAUUGGCAGCAAAGUCAUUCAGAGUUAACCCAAUGUAGGGUUUCUGAUUCCUCAGCACCUGAAAUCAUUCACUGAUUAAGCCUUAAUACUGUAUUAAUUUUUUAACUGUAAGUAAAUAGCCGCAGUGUGCUUUUGAUAUGCCUGGCAAACACUAUAUGUAUUCAGAUAUAUUCUCUGAUAAGUAGCCAUCUGUUGCUGUUUGGUAUCAGCAGGGUUGCAGCAUGCUCAUAGCUACAGUAUAAACACUGCACUUGUUUCUGUAUAUCUUUUAUUUACCAUGAUACUUUGCAAUGUUUUCCCUCAUCUGGGGGCCCUUGAUGGCACGGAGACAAGAAUAAUUUGAAAGGGCUCUUGCUGUUCUGUUGUUGAACACGGCGGAACAGACCAAGACCGGCCUCUGGGAGCCGCUGUGAUAUUUGCCCCAGAGUUAUGUAAAAACCACACAAACCCACAUGCUCCAUUAAAACCAGCAUACUAGUUCAAACUGAAGGGAUUAAUGAGGAUACUUGGAGGAGGGGGAAAUAUUGUUUACUACCCCUGUCUUUGUUGGUAAAAUAUUUUGUAAUAUGCAAAUGAACAGAGUGAUUUAUUUUAAAAUAUUACAGUCAGUGUCAUUUUUCAAGCCUGACUAAAUAAACCAAAAGUCAUGAUCUA